GCAUACUGAUCCCUCCCCUCCCUCCAAUCAAAAGCCGCAGAAUCAGCGCACAACCUUGCUAUUGACGGAGGAACUCACACACUCUCUCUCUCUCCUCCCGGAAUGGACGUUCGCCGGAAGUCCCCAAGACCGUCUGUCCCUUCUACCGACAACCGUAUCCACCAUCACCUCGAUGAGCGCUACCGCUACCACGACAACUCUCGCCGGUCCGUCGAUCGGACACCUUCUCCGGGACCCAAGGCAUCGGAUGCCCUUCCUCUGCCGCUUUACUUGACCAACGGCAUUUUCUUCACUCUCUUUUUCUCAGUCGCUUACUACCUUCUGCAGCGUUGGCGAGAGAAGAUCCGAUCAUCCACGCCGCUUCACGUUGUUACCCUAUCAGAACUUACCGCCAUAGUAUCUCUUAUCGCAUCCUUCAUCUACCUGUUAGGGUUUUUUGGCAUCGGUUUCGUCCAAUCGUUUAUCGCCCGUCCGUCUCAAGACGCCUGGGACGACGACGAAGAAAAUACUGACCGCUUCAUUCUUGAAGAGGAUCGACGGGUCGAGCCCUGUGCCGCGGCCCCCCCUGCGAUCGUUCAUCGGCCCAAACUUAAUGAACAUCCGGCCUUACCCUUGCCAGGGGAGGACGAAGAGAUCGUCGAUUCGGUUGUGUCAGGUGAAAUACCUUCUUACUCUCUUGAAUCCAAGCUCGGCGAUUGUCAUCGCGCGGCCUCAAUUCGACGGGAGGCUGUGCAGAGAAUUACAGGGAUGUCCCUUGCUGGCUUGCCUCUUGAAGGAUUUGAUUACGAGUCGAUUUUGGGCCAAUGCUGCGAAAUGCCUGUCGGCUAUGUUCAGAUUCCUGUGGGAAUUGCAGGGCCGUUACUCCUGGACGGAUGCGAGUACUCUGUUCCCAUGGCCACCACGGAAGGCUGUUUGGUUGCUAGUACAAACAGGGGAUGCAAGGCUAUAUAUGCUUCUGGAGGUGCUACGAGCGUUCUCUUGAGGGACGGUAUGACCAGAGCUCCCGUUGUCAGGUUUCAGUCGGCAAAGAGAGCUUCCGACCUCAAGUUCUUCUUGGAAGAUGAUCUUAAUUUCGAUCUCCUGUCAAUGGUUUUUAACAAAUCGAGCAGAUUUGCAAGACUCCAAAGAAUUCAAUGCUCCAUCGCUGGAAGAAAUCUUUACAUGAGGUUUUCUUGCAGUACUGGUGAUGCAAUGGGGAUGAACAUGGUCUCUAAAGGUGUUCAAAAUGUUUUGGACAUGCUCCAAAAUGACUUUCCUGAUAUGGAUGUUAUUGGAAUUUCUGGUAACUUCUGUUCAGAUAAGAAACCAGCUGCAGUAAACUGGAUUGAAGGGCGUGGGAAGUCUGUCGUUUGUGAAGCGGUUAUAACUGGGGAGGUUGUUGGAAAAGUUCUAAAAACAAAUAUACCAGCUCUUGUAGAGCUCAACAUGCUUAAGAACCUUGCUGGAUCUGCAGUUGCUGGUGCUCUUGGUGGUUUCAAUGCACAUGCUGCCAAUAUUGUCUCAGCAGUCUUCAUAGCUACUGGGCAGGAUCCUGCACAAAAUAUUGAGAGUUCCCACUGCAUAACCAUGAUGGAGGCCAUCAAUGGUGGCAAAGAUCUCCACGUUUCAGUUACCAUGCCUUCCAUUGAGGUGGGUACAGUAGGAGGAGGGACACAGCUGGCGUCACAAUCAGCUUGUCUGAACCUUCUAGGUGUGAAGGGUUCGAACCAAGAGUUGCCCGGUUCAAAUGCCAGACUUUUGGCAACCAUAGUGGCAGGUUCGGUUCUGGCUGGAGAACUCUCUCUGAUGUCUGCCAUAGCAGCCGGGCAGCUUGUGAAAAGCCACAUGAAAUACAACAGAUCCAUCAAGGAUUUCUCUAAAGCAGUAGCCUCCUCUUAAGACAGACAGACAGACAGACGACAGUUGUGGGGAAUGUAAUGUAAUUGAAUUGAACUGAACCAAUCAAUCUGGUGGCUGAGAGGAGAGUGAAAAGGAGGAGACAGGAGAUGGAAAAAAAAAAAGAUGAGGCUGCCACCAUAUUUUAGUUGGCACCUUAUGGUUUAGUUGUUUGUGAAGUUGGCAGAAGCCAUGACCAACCCCACCACCUUUCUGAUUCUCUGCGAGAUCACUCUCUUUUGAUCUGUGUUUGUUAUUAGAGGGAGGAGGGGGCCCCAAACAUAUUUCUAUUUACUGUUUGUUUGUUUGCUUGCUUGCUUGCCUGUUUGUGAAAAUUUGCAGUUUCUUUCUGUUGUUGGGUGUUCUUGAUUAUUAUAUCUUAUUUGGGAGUAGGUAUUAUUAAUUAUGUUGUUGGUGGAAGUCUUUGAUUAAUAUAUCUUAGUUGGGAGUAGGUAUUAAUUAUGUUGGGGGUGGAGAGUGGUUUGGGAAUUGGGAUGCUGCUUCAAUAACACUAUUGCUGUGUACAGAAGAAUCUGAUCAUGAAAAUGGACUAAAAUAGAACCAA